AUGACCAUCCGUCUUGGGGUCCUUGGACUCUCCGACCAGUCGAAUGAACCGGCGAAGUCUCAGUAUCAACUAUCUGCUCUUUGCAGCUCUUCUCCUCAGUCUGCUGCAAAGAAUGCCGCUCACUUCAGCGAGCUCAUCGGGCAUGAUGUACGACCCUACCACGGUCCCACGUACGCCAUCGCCGCAGACGAUUCCCUAGACCUAGUCGUCGUAUCGAUCAAAGCACCCGCCCGUCGCGACGCCGUUCUACCGCUGUUGAAGAAGAGCCGCAGCGUAUUUGUGGAGUGGCCCCUCGGCAAGAACAUAGCAGAGACACGAGAGUUGACGGCGAAGGCGAGGGAGAAGGGCGUGCGGACGAUAGUGGGCUUGCAAGCAUGGCAGACACCGGCUGUGAGGAAGAUCCGCGAGAUCAUUGCAGCUGGCAGUAUCGGGGCGGUGAACAACGUGACAUGGUCUGCAGUCAAGAGGCCGGCCGGGCUGUCCACAUUCUGUACACCCUUCGUCACCCCUUCGUACGAGUUUGCACUGGAUCCCACCAAUGGCGCGACGCUUGCUGAUAUCUGGAUCGGUCAUGGCCUUUCGAUGAUCAUUCGGGCCGUGGGUCCUCUGGCUUCGCUCUCUGCGACCGGUGUAACGACCAUCCCGACCGUAAAAGUUGGCGUUUCUCCGGACGAUGAAGCAGCCAAGAUCGUAUCUGCUACGCAACCGGAUCAGUAUGGCGUGAAUGGUGUGUUUGCAAAGUCUGGCGCACUCUUCAGCGGGACCUGGUGUACGAGGCCGCUCGAGUCGAAAACCACAAGCCCUGUGCUGCUUUGGACUAUCAGCGGCACGAAAGGUCAGAUCCAUGUACGAAUCGGUUCCGACGCCUUCUGCGGCGAAGCUCCUCACGUGUAUCCUCCGGAAGCGAUAUUCCUGAAUGAAGAGAGAGUAUCAUUAGAGGAAGCGAAUGCUGAGUUUGGUGGGACUGCUGGGAGGGCGUGGGCCGAGUAUGCGCGCGGCGAAGACGGCGAGUAUCCGACUUUCGAAGACGCUCUCAUAGUGAAGCAGCAUGUGGAAGCAUUGAAGAGAGGCGUGGUGGAGGGAAGAAGGAUGAUCGCCAGCGAUAUGUAG